CAUAUUUAUAUAAAAGAAGCCUUUCACUGCAUAUACUCUAUCAAAAACGAUUUGUGUAUUUGUAUCGAUAAUGGCUCAACCGAACUCUGCACCUUUGUCGUCUCCAGUCUCUGUGAUAGGGUCUCAGUUCAUGUCACCAUAUCAACGUGAUAUUAUAGUUGAUAGAAAUCCAAAAGGAAACAUUUUUAUUACUGAUAUGAGCCACAACACCAUGCUUAAAGUGAAACGAUGUGAUACAUCCUUUCAUUAUCAACGAGUGCUACUCGAUGUUGAUGACAAACCCAUCGUUACGAUGCGUAAGAAGACCAUGAGUGAACACGAUAGAUGGAAUGUAUUCAUGGGUGACAGUAAAAGCACAUCGGAUAUGAUAUUUACCACAAAAUCACAUCACGUGAUCCAGUUUAAGACCAAUGUACAUGUGUUCUUGGCAAACCAAACCGGUAGUAAAAAUAUUUGUGAUUUCAAGAUAACAGGAAGCUGGUCGAAGAAAAACUGCACUAUUUAUAUGGGAGAUACUUCAACAACAAUAGCCCAAGUGAAUAAAAUGCCAUCAUCUGAGAAUGUAAAGCUCGUUAAGGACAAAUUCAUGGUGACAAUUUAUCCCAAUGUUGAUUACGCAUUUGUGGUUACACUUAUAGGGAUUGUUGAGGCUAUGAAAAGCUCUAACACAAAUGGUGAAGUUGCUGCUGGAUCAGGGGUGGGUGCAGUUCUUGGUGCAGUUAUUGGUUCAGUUUUUUCCUAG